AUGGCUUCUUCCAAGUUCUUGAUCAUUGCAUUAUUCAUGGUCGCUUUGGCACUUUCGAGCGUCGACGCCGCCCGAGCUGCCCGGCAUCUUCUGCAAACCGCUCCACCCUCUCUGCCCAACUUCCCGGUGGUGCCAAUGGGGCUCCCGCCGAUGCCGAUACCGACUUUGCCAAACCCUACUACAGGGCCGAGUAUUAUUCCUUCGCUUCCAAAUCUGCCUCAGCCCACAUUGCCUAGGGUUACACUCCCUCCGCUCCCAAGCUUCCCGGUGAACAUCCCGAGCGGGGCAACGCUGCCUUCUCUACCGUCGAUCCCAUUUCUCGCGCCUCCGCCAGCAACUUCUUCACCCUAA